AUGUCAGAUUAUUUCUUUUAUCGAAACUUGUGGUGGGAAAAGGGAGAAUUUAGCGAAAAAGCAAAGUGGGAAGAAGUAACAUUACCUUAUGUGCUUGCUAAAGGGGUCGCCAUUGAUGAUUAUGAAGAACGUGUAGAAAAAUUCAGUAUUCACAGAUGUUGGGAGUGGUUAAAUGGAGAAGUCUUGAUCUAUGAAUUGUCUUCUAUGUCACACGAAGUUUGUAUCGGUGCAAUUGUUAAGCAAAUAAAUAAAGGAUGCGGUAAUGCUGAUGAAACUAAUGCUGAGAUUUAUGGUACUGGUUCUACUAGAACACGUGACAGAAACCAUGGAAAAGAACCCGAUGCAUCGUUUCGUCCAAAAAAAAUGACUGUAGAUGCACCAAAUGGAAGCAAUGGAAAUAAUUGUCCUUGGCCAAAUUUGGUCGUGGAAGUAGCCUACACUGAAACAUUGGAUCACGCUGAAGAAGCUUUGAAAUAUUGGAUGAGUCCUGGUCGUGCCCACGAUUGUAUUAUCGUGAAAGUCGACCCAGUUUCCCAAGAUCGAGUACCAGUUCGUAUGAGAGCUUGGCAUUACUGUGUCUUAGCAGGUAGAAAAACAAGAAAUACAGUUCCUCUUGUAACUACGUUUGAAUUUGGAACCCAAGAUGACAUGGGAGUUCCAUUAACUAUUACACAAGGUCAAUGCGUCAUUAACAUAUCGUUAAGCUGUCUUUAUCAUGAUUUUAAGCAACCGGAUCCUCCUGAACCUCCCAUCCAACCUCAAACUCUCCUACCUGAUCCUAUUCCAUUGGACUUUUAUUUUGUUCAACAAACUAUUAGAAGAGUAUUGGAUUAUUAA